AUGUCCAAAUCCAAGAAAGACCCCAUGGACCCCCUCAACUGGGAGUACCGCCUCCAAGACAGCUCUUUUUCCCAAGCCCGCUCCCUCGACGGCUCCCUCAGGGAGUCCCACUCCGUCAAAUACGACGCAGGCGAUUAUGAGUACAAAUACAUCACGCUGACGAAGAAGCAAUAUGACCUUUUCCGAGAAGAGCUGCGGAGAGACCCGAGGGGGCUGGUCUCUGAAGAAUAUUUAUUUCAAGUUUUGCAUGUGCAGCAAACGCCGGGCUGGGAGCACUACUAUAUUUACCCGUGCGCACUUGCUGCUGCUGCUGCUGCUGCUGCUGCUGCUGCUGCUGCUGCUGCUGCUGCUGCUGCUGCUUGGGGCUUUUGGAGCUUGUUGUUUUAA